AUGGCGAAGACUCAAGUCGAAUUUCACGAUUUCCUGGACCUGCAAAAGGUCGUCUUCGACUGGGCUGACAGCUAUGACUCCAAAGACUGGGACCGUCUCCGCGGUAUCGUCGCCCCGAACCUCACCGUCGACUAUACCCAAAUCGGCCUCCGAAAAUGGGACCCCAUGCCUGCUGAGGAGUACCUCCAGAUGGUAUCCAGCCCCGACUUCCUUGGCGACCCGACAAUUAAGACGCAACAUCUACUGGGUGCCACUGUUUGGGAGAAGAUUUCGGAUGACUUUGUCAUUGGCCACCACCAGCUGCGAGCGGCGCACCUGGUCUAUACUGAUCCUGGGUUGAGUGAGGUGAAGCUUAAGGGGCAUUCGCAUGCGACGAAUGAGCAUUACUACCGGAAGGUAGAUGGGGUGUGGAAGUUUGCGGGCUUGAAACCGACGGUGAGGUUCAAUGAGGACCGGUUUGAUGAUGUUUUUAAGGCGACGCAGUGA